AUGGCUUCUGCUGGUUACAAAGCUUCACCACCAUUCAUAUUUCUUUCCACACAACCACAAGUCUUGUUAUUAUUAUGUCUUGCUUUGAUGAUGCACUUAACCACUAGUGCUACUGCUACUAGCAAUGGUAAUACUAAGAGAGGUUGCAUCAAAGAAGAACGAGAAGCCCUGCUCGCAUUCAAAGCCGAAAUCUCAUAUCACAAGGAUCAUCCGAUCUCAUCGUGGGGCGAUCAAAAUGACAACUGCUGCCACUGGGCCGGCGUGCACUGCAACAACAUUUCUGGCCAUGUCUUCCAUCUCAACCUCCAAAGCAAUAAUGGUCCACCACCCCCUUAUUAUACUUGUGAUGUUGGGUGCAAUGAGUGGGGCUUGAGUGGCAACAUCAGUGAAUCUCUUAUUAGCCUUCAGCACCUCACAUACCUUAAUCUCGGGUCCAAUUGCUUCCUCAACUUCUCCAUCCCAAAGUUGUUGGGUUCUUUUGAGAAUCUUGUUCAUCUUGAUCUCAGCUACUCGUGCUUCACCGGUGUCAUACCUCAUGAGCUCGGUAAUCUCACUAGGUUGCAUUACCUCAACCUAGCAACUAAUGGAGUUAGUUACAAGGUUGAUGAUGCUGAGUGGCUAUCUGGUCUAUCUUCUUUGAGAUACUUGUAUAUGGAUGGUGCCAACAUUUCUGGUGUGAACAAUGUCAUGCAAUCACUCAACAAGCUUCGUCAUUUAAAACUGGUUUCUUUGUCUAAUUGCAGUAUGAACAGCAUCCCUGAGUCUCUCAGGGAUCUCAACUUCGCCUCCCUCACCUUCAUGGAUAUCGGAUCCAACAUGUUCGACAACAUUAAUAUCCCAGAAUGGUUCUUUAGAAUACCUAACCUGCGUGAGCUCCACAUGAAAGAAUGCGGGUUAACAGGCACGAUCCCUUCCUCUGUUAGAAAUGCAUCUUCUCUUCAAUUUCUAGACUUGUCCUACAAUGGAGGAAUUUCUGGUGAUAUGCCGAGAGGAUUUGGCGACCUCUGCAAUCUUCAAUCACUCUACUUAGAUGGCACUUUUAUGGGAAAGAGCUUGGAUGAUUUCAAAGAUGCAUUUUCUGGAUGCAUUAAUCAAAAUUUGAAUGUACUUUCAUUUGGAUUUAGCUCGUUGCAAGGUCCUUUGACGGAUUGGUUGGGUGAAUUCAGAAAUCUCACCAUUCUUGAUCUUUCCUCUAAUUACUUCUACAGCUCCAUUCCUACAUCUAUUGGGAGGCUGUCACGGCUACAAGAAUUGUGGCUUUAUAGGAGUGCACUAAAUGGCUCCAUUCCUGAAUCUCUGGGAAGACUCUCAGGUUUGCAAAUGUUGGAACUAGCAGACAAUAAUUUAAACGGCUCCAUUCCUGCAUCCUUGGGAAGACUCUCAGGUUUGACAUUUUUGAUUCUUUAUAGCAAUGCACUAACUGAUCCUAUACCUGAGAGUCUCUUUCAACUAUCGAAUCUAGUUGAGUUGGAUCUUAGUGACAACAACUUCAACUACUCCUUUAUUAUCACUGAAGCUCAUUUGGCAAAUCUCACCAGUCUCAUGUUCUUAACACUUAAUCAUUUGGUUCUCAAUAUAAGCACAGAUACAAUUCCAGGGUUUCAGCCUUCCCAAAUAGACUUAUCUUAUUGUCACGUUGGACCAAAAUUUCCAGUUUGGCUCGCCAACCAAGUGAAUCUUGACUCUUUGGACAUAUCUAAUGCUAGAAUCAAGGAUUCAAUGCCUGAUUGGUUUUGGAACAUCACAAAUAAUUUGACUUUCUUAGAUCUCAGCAAUAAUGAGAUCAGUGGAAGAUUGCCUCAACGCUUGAAAUUUCAAACCGAAGAAGACGAUUCAGAAAUAUUCCUUCGUUCCAACCGUUUUGAGGGAUCUGUUCCUUAUUUUCCUCAUAACAUCUAUGCAUUGGACUUAUCCAAUAACUCACUUUCAGGAAUCAUUCCUCAUGAUCUUGCAUACUUUGGAGGAAUACGGCCUCAACUCAAUUCCUUCUCUUUAUCUUCAAACAACUUGACUGGUAAUAUUCCUAACUCUCUUUGUAAUUUGGUGGACCUUGUGUUAUUAGAUCUCUCCAGCAACCACUUGGAAGGAGCGAUCCCAAAUUGUUGGAACAAUUUGACAAGCUUAAAAUUCCUCAUCUUGGCAAACAAUUCAUUGGUUGGUGACAUUCCAUAUUCCUUUACAAGUUCGUCGCAAUCUUUACAAGUAUUGCACUUAAGCAACAACCAACUACAAGGAGAGUUUCCAUCAUUCCUCAAGAAUUGCACUUCCAUUACCACUCUAGCUCUUGACCACAACAAUUUAUCUGGCAACUUUCCUAGUUGGGUGGGAGAAACCAUGACUUCAUUGAUGAUCCUGACCUUGAAAGCAAAUAAUUUCUCAGGUAAUUUGCCUUUGUUAUUCAAUCUCACGUCACUUCACUUCUUGGAUCUUUCCCACAACUCAUUUAUAGGGGGCAUACCACAAUCGUAUGGCAACUUCACGGGCAUGAUAAAUAUUAGUAUGAAUGGUGGAGCAAAGUUUUCCACUAUAUGGGAAGUGCUCGUAAUUUCAAUUACUGUGUCAACAAAAGGAUUAGAACUCCAAUUUGGAGUCACUCUUUCAUCUAUCAGAUUUAUAGACCUUUCUAAAAAUAAUCUAUCCGGCCAAAUUCCUGAAGGAAUUGUUAACUUAGUUGGAUUGCAAAAUUUGGAUUUAUCAUGUAAUAAUUUGUCAGGUGUGAUCCCCAGUAAUAUUGGUCGAAUGCAAUCAUUGGAAUCUCUUGAUCUCUCAAGAAAUGAGCUCGUCGGGUUAAUUCCUUCUAGCCUCUCUACAUUACAUUUCCUAGAAAGCCUAAACCUAUCACACAAUAACUUGUUUGGAAAAAUCCCAUAUACUAGUCAAUUGACCACUUUCAAUGAUCCAUCUAUUUAUGAUGGUAAUCUCAAUCUUUGUGGAGCUCCUUUGGAUAAGAAUUGCACAAAUGAUGAACCAACAUCAAAUAGCCAAGCUGAUGAUCAAGAAAAUGAUGAUGAUAAUGACAAUCCACCUCUUUGGUUUGGCAUUGGUUUGAUGUCAGGAUUUGUGGUUGGAUUUUGGAUAGUUUGGGGAUUACUACUAUUCAAAAAAGAAUGGAGGCAUGUUUAUUUUAGGUUUUUAGACCGCAUGUAUGCAUGA